CUCUCUCUCUCUGGGGAAUGGGAGACGAUGCGGGGAAGAAGAUGGAGGAGGCCCUGCUGCUGAAGGAGAGACCAGAAGAAAGAGAUGGUCCCCAUGACGAUCCCGAGAAGAAGAAGAAGAAGAAGAGAGAAGGAGGCACAAGCUGGUCAGCUUCAUGCUGUGCAUGGCCACGGAGGAGAGUGUUUUGGGAGGAAGUGAAGAGUGUGGGCCAAGUGGCGGGCCCGAUGGUGGCGGUGACGCUGUCGCAGUACUUGCUCCAGGUGAUCUCCGUCAUGAUGGUGGGCCAUCUAGGCGAGCUCUCCCUCUCCAGCACCGCCAUCGCCGUCUCUCUCGCCAGCGUCUCCGGCUUCAGCCUCCUCCUGGGAAUGGCCAGUGCUCUGGAGACACUAUGUGGACAAGCUUAUGGAGCUCAACAGUAUCACAAACUAGGGAAUCAGACAUAUACUGCAAUUUUCUCCCUGAUUCUGGUCUGCUUCCCUAUAUCUGUCCUAUGGAUAUACAUGGGAAAGACGCUCACAUUCAUUGGCCAGGACCCUCUGAUUUCUCUUGAAGCCGGCAAGUUCACGGCUUGGCUUGUCCCUGCACUCUUUGCUUAUGCUACUCUUCAGCCGCUCAUCCGCUACUUCCAGACGCAAAGCCUCAUCAUGCCGAUGCUCGUGAGUUCUUGUGCCACCCUCUGUAUCCACGUGCCGCUUUGCUGGGUUCUUGUGUUCAGGUCAGGGCUGGACAACCUGGGUGCUGCACUGGCCAUCAGUGUUUCCUAUUGGUUGAAUGUGGUUUUCUUAGGGGUGUACAUGAAGUACUCUCCUUCCUGCGCGAAAACCCGUAUGCCAGUUUCCAUGGAGCUAUUUCUAGGGAUCAGCGAGUUCUUUCGCUACGCUGUGCCCUCUGCAGUGAUGGUUUGUCUUGAAUGGUGGUCUUUUGAGCUGCUGAUCUUGCUUUCUGGGAUAUUGCCAAAUCCGCAGCUUGAAACUUCAGUUCUGUCUGUGUGUCUAAAUACCAUAGCUACACUCUACACAAUACCAUAUGGACUUGGCGCUGCAGGAAGCACAAGAGUUUCAAAUGAAUUAGGAGCUGGAAACCCGGAAGCUGCCCGUCUUUCUGUUUACGCCACGCUAUUUCUCGCCGUUACCCAAACAAGCAUCGUGAGCACGAUCCUUUUCAUUUGCCGGCGUGUUUUUGGCUACACGUUCAGCAAUGAAGAGGAAGUUGUGGACUAUGUGUCUAAGAUGGCUCCUCUAGUUUGCUUGUCUGUCAUCUUGGACAGCUUGCAAGGAGUGCUUUCAGGUAUUGCUAGGGGAUGUGGGUGGCAGCACAUAGGAGCAUUUGUCAAUCUAGGUUCGUUUUAUCUUUGCGGCAUUCCAGUGGCUGUUGUUCUAGGUUUUUGGGUGAAAUUAGGAGGAAUGGGCCUUUGGAUAGGGAUUCAAACCGGUUCUCUCAUGCAAACGGUUCUCCUAUCAAUUGUGACAAGCUGUACAGACUGGGAAGUGCAGGCAAGUAAAGCCAGGGAGAGGAUAUUUGAGGGAAGACGUUCAGAGGACAAUAUGCUGAUGUGAACCUCUAGUGGUAUUCCAGGAGUGAAACUGUCGUAUUGCUGCUUCUACUCAAAUUCAAUUUCUUCUCUGGUCUUCAACUUCAAGUGCCAAUCAUUGUGUAGUCUAGGUCUAGGAAGCUCGUUGGUGAAAAAAAUCCAAUAGUACUAUAUAAGUACUAUUCUUUCCUAUUAACUAUGUUGAGAUCUACUUUUUCUA